AUGAACACCUUCCGCGUCGCCCGAGCAGCUCUGCGAGCCCGUCCCGCAGCUCUGCGGAUGCCUCUGCAGCGCCGCACCUACGCCGACGCCGCCCCUGACAAGAUCAAGCUGAGCUUGGCCCUUCCCCACCAGUCCAUCUUCCAGUCCCAGGAUGUCGUCCAGGUCAACAUCCCCGCCGAGUCCGGAGAGAUGGGUGUCCUUGCCAACCAUGUUCCCUCCAUCGAGCAGCUGAAGCCCGGUCUGAUCGAGGUCAUUGAGGACGGCGGCAGCAGCAAGCAGUUCUUCCUGUCUGGUGGAUUCGCUGUUGUUCAGCCCAACUCGGUCAUGAGCAUCAACGCCGUUGAGGGGUACGCCGUGGAGGAUUUCAGCGCCGACGCCGUUCGUUCCCAGAUCACGGAAGCACAGAAGAUCGCAAACGGCAGUGGAAGCGAGCAGGACAUUGCCGAGGCCAAGAUCGAACUCGAGGUUCUGGAGAGCCUGCAGUCCGUUUUGAAAUAG